UUCCUGGACUGUAGGGACACACAGCAGAGGCUGGAGCCACUGACAAACUCCUCCUGGUUUAAUGCCUCCAAACAGGCUACUGCUUCCCAAAAUGAGACUCUGGGGGCUUCUGCCAUUCCUGGUUCCCUUCAUCUUCCUGUGGAGCAUCCAGGAACCCAAGCUGGCAGAAGCGUUCUUUGUCAGAACAUGUCCAAGAGUCAGAGUGAAGUGUGAGGUUGAAGAAAGAAAUGAGUGUACAAGGCACCGACAGUGUCCAAACAAGAAGAGGUGCUGCCUAUUCAGCUGUGGGAAGAAAUGCAUGGACCUCAGACAAGAUGUAUGCAGUCUGCCCCAGGACCCUGGUCCCUGCUUGGCCUACCUCCCACGCUGGUGGUAUGACCAAGAAACUGACCUCUGUACCGAAUUCAUCUAUGGUGGUUGUCAAGGGAACCCUAACAACUUCCCAUCUGAAGGUAUCUGCACCGUUGUCUGCAAAAAGAAACAAAUGUCUUCCUGGAUAUGAUAAGGAGGAGCUGNAGGAAGCNCCAGGUCUUGGCUCCUANUCUGAGGCUUUCUUCCCGUGAACCCAACGCAUGCUCCGGAUUGGCUGCCAGUGGCCAAGUCUUAGCCACUGAGACUUUGGCUGUUCCCAAACCAGAACCCUAGAAUUUGCUUAUUCCCUUCCCCCAACCNCAGCUUCUCUUCAAAUGUCAUGACCUUCGACAUUUGACCCCUUCUCAGUCUGGGACUCUCAUCACCUCAACUUUCAGAGCUCCAAUUUAUUCCAAAUCUAGUUCCUCCUAAUAAAGGACCCUGUGAGUUCUGA